CUAAAUCUUAAAUGUAAACUAACUUCUCUCUCUUGCCUCUCUUGUUAUCUCUCGCACUCAAAAGAAAAAAAAUUAUUUUAAAAGUCGCUCUUUCUCUCUCUCUCUCUCCAGAAAACCGGAGUCGUUUUGAAGUCUUUGGUGUGAUCAAAUCGCAAUCAUCAUUUUCUUCUAAAUUGUUCGUUUUUCAAAUCCAUAGAAACAAUUAAUGGCUGAAUCGGGCGAAGAACCGCAGCAGCAACAACAAUCAGUGAUGAAAGAGUGCAUGCACAAAACCAAGACUAUACAGUUCUUUGGUCGAACCACGCCAAUUAUCCUCCAAAACGACAAUGGACCUUGUCCUCUCCUCGCCAUCUGUAACGUUCUUUUGUUGAAGAAUGAUCUAAAACUAAGUCCAGAUACAGGCGAAGUAUCACAGGAGAAAUUGCUUGCACUGGUGGCUGACCGGUUGAUUGAAUCUAACAGUAAUGUCAAUAUGCAGAAUAAAGAUGCAGGGUAUGUUGAAAAUCAAGAGCAGAAUAUCGCAGAUGCUAUUGAUUUACUUCCACGCCUUGCAACUGGGAUUGAUGUAAAUAUUAAGUUUAGGAGGAUAGAUGAUUUUGAGUUCACACGGGAGUGUGCCAUAUUUGAUCUACUUGACAUUCCCCUGUAUCAUGGUUGGAUAGUUGAUCCCCAGGAUUAUGAUACAGCUAUUGCAAUUGGGUCCAAGUCCUACAAUUCUCUGAUGGGGGAGCUUGUAGCACUGGAAACCAUGGGAGGUGAAAGUAAAAGUAACUCUGAAGAAGAUUGUAUUGAUUUUGCUGCUGCAACAACUGCAACUCUGGGAGUUCCUUCUCCAUGCCUUUCAAAAACCAAAUCUUUUGAUGAUUCUCCCCAUUCGACCCCUGAUCAGUCAACAGGAAGAAAAGGGGAUCUUGAGGAAGAAGAAGAGCUAUCGAGAGUCUUGAAAUUGUCAGAAACUGAAAUGCCAAUUUCAUUGGGUGAUUCUCGUGCACCAAGUGUUAGUGGAGUGACUAUGUCUAUCAGUUCAGAUGAAAGUACAUGUUCUAAAAAAAUAUUGCCUUCAGAUACUGUACAUACAUUAGAGGGGCACAAUGGUGAUAAGAAUCAAAGUUUACAUCCGCCUGAAGCUUCCAUGUCAGAUAAUUUCACUGCCUUGAGCAAUCAGGGUAAUAAUAACCUCGCAACUUUUGAGAGUGUUUUAGGCAGAGAAGCAUGUUCAGCCUCAAAGACUGAUGGGAGUGUUAUACUUGAUCAGUCAUCGAAAAUAACAUCUGUAGAUCAUAUCCUCUGUAACAAUUUGGUUGAGAAGAGUGGUGUUGAAACAUUGGUCCAGGUUGAAGAAGCAGUUUCUCUUUCUGCUGGAAAAGAUGCCGCAUCUAUGGUGGAGACACAUGUGGAUAUUUCUCAAGGGGAUGCAAAAGUUGAUAAUCUAUCCGCUUCUGCAACUGAUGUCCAUGAACCAGUUGAUAAUCUUAGUUGGUGUAGCACAGAAGAAGUUUCAUGCCUAUCUGUUCCUAAUGCUGAUUCGGAUUCAUCUAGUGGCAGAAUACAGCACACAGAUUUGCCUGAAACUUUUACUUCAAGUGUUGAUGACAGUGAACCCAUAUAUGAAGGAGAGGAAUGUAUAUUAGAUUCAGGAACUGGCACAUAUGGAGACCGGGAGCCUGUGUAUGAAGGUGAGGUGAUUCUUGCAGAGCAAGCUGACAAAAGCACAUCAGAUGCUGCAAGGUCUAAGGAUGAAAUUACUUCACAACAAGGGGAACUUAUCAAGAACUUUUUGAAGAACAAUGCUAGUCAAUUGACCUUUUAUGGCCUCUUUUGCUUACAAGAUGGUCUUAAAGAAAGAGAACUUUGUGUUUUCUUCCGUAAUAAUCACUUCAGCACCAUGUUUAAGUAUGAUGGUGAGCUAUAUCUUUUAGCGACAGACCAAGGUUACAUCAAUCAGCCUGAUUUGGUCUGGGAGAAACUAAAUGAGGUCAAUGGAGAUACACUUUUUAUGACGGGUAAUUUCAAGGAAUUUAAAGUGGAAAGUCAUGCAAAUGAUCCGUGGGAUGAACAUGGUGCUAUGGCUAGUACUGCUGACUAUCUUGCCAGCAUUGAUACUGCAGCACAAGCAGGGUUAGAUAUGAAUUCUGAUCUACAAUUGGCGAUAGCUCUGCAGCAGCAGGAGUUUGAACAACAGCCACAACAUUCUAAUUCACAACCGCCACCCACUAGUGGCAGUUCAAGACUGAUAACAGGUCCCCAGGUUGCGAGAAAUGGUGGCAGAAAUUCUUUGUCUUCAACUCCCAAGCCUGACACAAAAUCGAAAGACAAGUGUAGCAUAAUGUGAAUUUGUCAUUCAGGCAGCUUGGAUGUUUUUACUGUAAAUGAUUUUUCCCAUUGUAUCUGGUGAUAUCAAAUAAACCCCCAUUUACUGUUAAUGUGACUUUAGAUCAAGUUUUUGACUGUAUAAAAAAAGUAUAUAGUACCAGAUUUCUAGGACCUUUAAUUUGAUACUUCUCUUUUGCAUCUAAGCAGUUGUGAUUUGAUGAAAUCGGCAGAUUUUAAAAGACCAAUCUGUGUGUAUAUGAGAAAUUGCAUAGGUCCCAUGUGGGGGAGCCAUUAGUCUGCCCAGCAAUUUCACCCUCAUGAUUAUCUCAUCCAGCCCAGCCUACUGAUGUAACAAGUAAAUGUA